AUGGAUAAAUUUGUAACCAAAAAGGCACGCUUGGAAGUUGAUGAUACUGUAAGUCAACCUCCGACAAUAAUUGUGUCGUCAAUUGCUGCGUUGUCUUCAUCCGAGAACCGUUCACAGCCGAAACCUGGACAAUCCGAAGAGUGCCCCAUUCCACAGAAAAUCAAGUUUGCGAAAUACACUGCUCCUGAAGGGUAUGUCGUGGGCACACCCGCUCGUUACAAUUGUCAUAAAGGGUACCAGAGAAUACCAAGGAAAAGCAAUCUUCUGACAUGCAGGAACGUGGGCGGUACAGCUAAGUGGAACAGAACUUCUCAACUCCCGAUUUGUGUAGCUGACCCGCGACAGACUAUUCCUCCUACAGUACAUUCUACAGCAGGAAACUGGAGCAUAGCUUCCACCAGCCCCCAACCUACAAAUCGGGCAGGCUUCUGCGGAGAACCAGAACCCCUCAGCAAUGCCGACGUUAAAGUGACAAUGUACCAUGUGGGGCAGAAACUGCGCUAUGAAUGCCUGGAAGGCUAUCGAGGAACCAUCCCCUUCUCUGAAGUCAGCACCUGUGAGGCUUCUGGUGGAAAAAACGUUUGGUCUAAGUUAAAUCUCCAUUGUAGCACACAACAGGGACACAACAGGGACACACCACGGGGUUCUGGUGCAGCUGCUCUCAGCCUUGCUGCAAUGACCAAGUUCAUCAUCUUAGAAGGAAUCCUCGCAGGAACUGUGGGAUUCUAUUCUUGCUGCUUGUAAUAAGCAUUUUUCUACAGUUUAUGCCUGGACUAAUCUUCCAUCUGGAUUUUCCUGGACUGUAUAUCCUGGCAGCCCAACUGUUCUCUAGUAAUGCGAAUCUAAGACCACGGAAGUUUAUGCCUCCCGGAAUUUCACUUUGGGUUGGUAGUUGGUCUUCUUCUAAAGGACUGUGUAGUUAGGACAGCCUUGCUAAUGCAGUAAACUUUUGACUAGAGACAUUCUGGGCUUUAGGUGCCCCAACACAGCAUUUAGCAGCUGUUAAUUUGUAGUUAAUUUAAUCUUGCCUAUUGUUCUGCAUAGAGUUAAGUUUAAAAGUUCCAUCCUCAUAUUCUGUUUCGUUUUCCAUGUAAACAACAUUUGCCCGAGAUUCAUUCAUGCAUAAUAUGAUGUUGAUUUCCUUAUUAUUAUGAUGCUCCUCUCGUUCAUGACCUGUUAAUGCAUUUACUGGACUCCUGCUGGUGUAUUUUUGAAAAAAUAAAUUCCAUAUAGAUUUUAGCCUCU